UCAGUUUUAAAGAGAGCGAGCAAGCAACCAAGCAAGAAUCAACAAUAACAAAAGGCUAGCAAGCAUCUGCAAGGAAGGGCCAGGGCUGGAGCUGAGGAGCUGAGAAGGAGGAAAAGAUAACAGAAGACAGACUGACAGACAGAAAAUAUCAGAAGUACCUUGUUAGAACCAGCAACCUAAAGAUAGAGAGAGAGAGAGAGAGCUACUUCUACAUAACUGUUCAUUUCAACCCCAGCUGCUGCUCUCAUCUCAGGACUCUGUGCUCAUUGCCACAGCUCUUGUUGCGAUUUUAUUUAUUUAUUUUUAAAUGCAUCUUUUGUUUUAAGAAAGAAAAAGAAGAGGGGGAGAAAGUCUUCUAAUUAUUCCAAGGAUCAAUGCCAAAAAGAAGCGGAGAAGUGUAUUUUUCCUGAGCUUGCACUGGAGGUAGGAAUGGGAGAGAUAUACACACAGAAGAUUUGGACUGUGAACUGAAGGCUUGCUUUGUAUUUUUUGGGGGGGGGCGGUAGUUAUAUGUGUGGAGGAAGGGGGAAUUUGAACUCCCCCCCCGACCACCCGCCCCUCACCGUUUCAAUUUUUGACCAAGAGGUGAAAGUGACAAGGAGAGAAAUUCUUGGAUGCUCAGCGCUGGAGGACAAAGCUGGUUUCUUUCCCGGGUGCGAGCAGACAGAGCAAAGAACACACACAGAGGGAGAGGGAGAGAGAAAGAAAAAUAAAACAAGAUUUUUAAAAAAAAUUGGUGCGUGUGGAGAGGCAGAGAUGGAAGAGCAGUCGAGAUUCCGCCAUCCCCACCCGGGGGUCACCAUCCCUGGCCUGACUAGUCACAUCCAGCCGGAGAGCGGGGGAGAGGCCGAAGGGAGGAAACAGGACAUUGGAGAUAUACUACAGCAGAUCAUGACCAUUACUGACCAGAGCCUGGAUGAGGCUCAGGCGCGGAAACACGCGCUGAAUUGUCACAGGAUGAAGCCGGCUCUCUUCAGCGUGCUUUGUGAGAUUAAGGAGAAAACAGUGCUGAGCAUCCGAGGGAGCCAGGACGAGGAGCCUCCGGACCCCCAGCUUGUGCGGCUAGACAACAUGCUGUUGGCAGAGGGUGUGGCAGGGCCUGAGAAAGGUGGGGGCUCGGUUUCGGCCGCGGCCACCGUCGCCGCUGCUGCCGCAGCCGUCUCUGGGGGCGGGGGCACUGACACCUCAGCCGAACAUUCGGACUACAGAGCCAAGCUGACUCAGAUCCGACAGAUCUACCACACCGAACUGGAGAAAUACGAGCAGGCCUGCAAUGAGUUCACCACACAUGUCAUGAACUUACUGAGAGAACAGAGCCGGACACGACCCAUCUCCCCGAAGGAAAUCGAGAGGAUGGUUAACAUUAUCCAUCGCAAGUUCAACUCCAUCCAAAUGCAACUCAAACAGAGCACAUGUGAGGCAGUCAUGAUACUUCGCUCACGAUUCCUGGAUGCACGGAGAAAAAGGCGUAACUUCAGCAAGCAGGCAACAGAGAUCCUCAAUGAGUACUUCUACUCGCACCUCAGCAACCCAUACCCCAGCGAAGAAGCCAAGGAAGAGCUGGCGAAGAAAUGCAGCAUCACAGUGGCACAGGUAUCAAACUGGUUUGGUAACAAGCGAAUCCGCUACAAGAAAAACAUAGGCAAGUUCCAGGAGGAGGCCAAUCUGUACGCUGCCAAAACAGCGGUAACUGUGACAAACGCGACAGCUCAAGGAAGCCAAGCCAACUCCCCGUCCACUCCCACCUCCACUGGUACAGAAUCAUGCUACAGGUCAAUGGGAAGUAGCAGCCCUCCAGCACCGAGACCCCCAGGGAGGACCUUGUGUGCGGGCUUAGAGAGUUCGUCAGCUUCCUACAACAUGGCCAGCACAGGAGAUCUGUACAUGAGCAUGCAGGCCCUGAAUGGGGAUUCUUACCAGGCAGUCCAUGUUGGAGCUAAUGUGCAGCUACAGGUGGAUUCGCUGCGCCAUGUUAUCAAUCAGGCAGGCGGGUACGGUGAUGGACUGGGCGCUGGCAGGAUCUACAGCCCACAGGCUCUGAAUACUAAUGGUGGCUGGCAAGAUGUAACCACCCCACCCUCUGUGACAUCGCCAACGGAAGGACCCGGAAGCGUCCAGUCUGAUACCUCCAACUGAUCUCCUAGCAACAGGGCAUCCAAUGGGGCUUUCACUCUGCACUGACCAAUCAGACA